UUUUUCGUCCUCUUCGUUUCCAGCCGCUUGCUGUAAGUGCCUGUUUCGCGGUACCCGGGGAAUAGGGGGAGAAUCUGAGGUGCCCGCCGCACGCUCCCCGCGCCUCGCAGCCAUGCCUCGCAAAAUUGAGGAAAUCAAAGACUUCCUGCUCACCGCGCGGCGGAAGGACGCCAAAUCUGUCAAGAUCAAGAAGAACAAGGACAACGUGAAGUUCAAAGUUCGGUGCAGCAGGUACCUCUAUACCUUGGUCAUCACAGACAAAGAGAAGGCCGAGAAGCUGAAGCAGUCCCUGCCCCCAGGUUUGGCGGUGAAGGAGCUGAAAUGAACCCGACCCGCCGACAUGUAUUAAAGUGUUAAAAAUUCUUAAA